AUGGUGUUUUCUUGGCGAGGAGGCCCGGGAUCCCGGUGUCUGCUGCUGUCGCUUCUACUCCUCGCAGUCUGGAAGGUCGGGAGCGGCCAGGUCCACUACUCGGUCCCCGAGGAGGCCAAACACGGCACCUUCGUGGGUCGCAUCGCGCAAGACCUGGGGCUGCAACUGGCGGAGCUGGUGCCGCGCCUGUUCCGGGUGGCGUCUACAGCCCGCGGGGACCUUCUGGAGGUAAAUCUGCAGAAUGGCAUUUUGUUUGUGAAUUCUCGGAUCGACCGCGAGGAGCUGUGCGGGCGGAGCCUGGAGUGCAGCAUCCACCUGGAGGUGAUCGUGGACCGGCCGCUGCAGGUUUUCCAUGUGGAGGUGGAGGUGAAGGACAUUAACGACAACCCGCCCAUGUUCCUGGUAAAGGAACAAAAGUUAUUUGUUUCAGAAUCUAGAAUGCCAGAUUCUCGUUUUCCGCUAGAGGGUGCUUCGGAUGCAGAUAUUGGAGCGAACUCCGUUUUAACCUAUAGGCUUAGCUAUAGUGAUUACUUCAUGCUGGAUGUGAAUUCCAAGAACGAAGAGAAUAAACAAGUUGAGCUCGUGUUAAGGAAACCUUUGGACAGAGAGGAAGCUCCCGAACAUAACUUAUUCUUGACGGCCACUGACGAAGGCAAACCUGAGCUCACGGGCACCGUUCAGCUGCUGGUCACCGUGCUGGACGUGAAUGACAAUGCUCCCAGUUUCGAACAGUCUGAAUAUGAAGUAAGAAUAUUCGAAAACUCCGACAACGGAACGACAGUUAUCAGACUGAAUGCUUCUGAUCGGGAUGAAGGAGCGAAUGCGGAGAUUUCAUACUCUUUUAAUAGCCUUGUUCCACCCAUGGUUAUUGACCAGUUUAGCAUAGAUUCAAAUACUGGAGAAAUAACAAUUCGAAAGAACCUGGAUUUCGAAAAAGUGAAUUCCUAUAAAAUCCGCAUUGACGCCACGGACAGAGGCCAUCCACCAAUGGCUGGUCAUUGCACGGUUUUGGUAAAAAUCUUAGAUAUUAAUGAUAACGUCCCUCAGAUUGCCUUGACUUCCUUAUCCUUGCCUGUGCGAGAGGACGCUAAAUUCGGCACUGUCAUUGCCCUAAUUAGCGUGUCCGAUCUCGACUCAGGUGUCAACGGGCAGGUGACCUGCUCUCUGACGCCACACGUUCCCUUUAAGCUGGUGUCCACCUUCAAGAAUUAUUAUUCGCUGAUGCUGGACAGCACCCUGGACCGCGAGAGUGUGUCGGCCUAUUCUCUAGUAGUGACCGCCCAGGACGGAGGCUCGCCUUCGCUGUCGGUCACGGCCAGCGUGUCCGUGGAGGUGGCCGACGUGAACGACAACGCGCCCGCGUUCCCGCAGCCCGAGUACACGGUGUUCGUGAAGGAGAACAACCCGCCG